AUGAAGUUGGAGGCUCCCAUGGUAGCCAUUUGCCCUCUUGUUGUUUUGCUUCUCUUGCUGAACAGCGCCACGGUGCAGAGCACACCUUUCCCUGUAAGUGUUGGAGUGGUGGUUGACAUGGACGAUUAUGUCGGGAAAAUGGGGUUGAACUGCAUCACUAUGGCACUCUCUGAUUUCUACACAAAACAUGGCCAUUACCAGACCAGGCUGGUCCUUACCAAGAGAGACUCCAAGAAAGAUGUUGUCGGAGCAGCUGCAGCAGCUCUAGAUUUACUGAAGAAUGUCCAAGUGCAAGCGAUUAUAGGUCCGUUGUCCUCGAUGCAGACACCUUUUAUAAUACAUCUUGGGAACAAAUCCCAAGUACCAAUCAUAACAUUUUCAGCUUCAAGUCCGUCUCUCUUGUCAAUCCAAAGUCCAUACUUUGUUCGCGCUUCCUUAGGUGACUCUUUCCAAGUAACGGCCAUAGCUGCAAUAGUCCAAGCCUAUGGAUGGAGAGAGGUUGUGCCUAUCUGUGUGGAUAAUGAGUUCGGACAUGGGAUUAUGCCAUUUUUAGCAGAUAGUUUGGAAAAAGUAAAUGUGCGCAUACCUUACAGGAGUGUCAUACCAUCAUUCGCAACAGAUGAUCAGAUUGAUGCAGAGCUUUCCAUGCUAAUGACAAACCAAACUAGAGUUUUCAUUGUCCACAUGAGGACCACUCUUGGUUGUCGCCUGUUCAGCAAAGCUAAACAACUGGGAAUGAUGAGUGAAGACUAUGUGUGGAUAAUAACUGAUGGCAUGACAAACGAGUUAACUUCAAUGGAUCGUUCAGUUAUAGAAGAAGAUAUGCAAGGAGUUGUAGGUGUAAAACCUCAUAUUCCAAAAUCAGGAGAGCUGCAUAAAGUCAAAGUCAAAUACAAGAAAGAGAUUCAGCAGCAAGACCCAACAAAUCAAGAUCUGGACUUAAAUAUCUUUGGACUCUGGGCUUACGACUCUGCAGUUGCACUAGCAAUGGCAGUAGAAAAGGCAGGAAUAAGAAAUGCUACGUUUCUGAAGAAGGCAGGUGAUUCCACAACACCAACAGAUCUUGAAGGCUUUGGAAUCUCAGCCGUUGGAACUGAACUGAUUCAGGCAUUGUCAAAUGUCACUUUCAAAGGCCUUGCUGGAGACUUUAAACUAGUUAAGGGACAACUCGAAUCACCUCCUUACCAGAUAAUCAAUGUGAUUGGUGAAGGAGCCCGCGUUGCAGGAUAUUGGACAAAAGAAAAUGGAAUUGUUAGAGAACUCAACUUUGCAAAAUCUACCAAAAAUAUGCAUUCCACUUCCAUGUCCAACAUCGGAUUCAUUAUGUGGCCAGGUGAUAGAAAAAAUCCACCCAAGGGUUGGGUCACUCCGACCAAUGGGAAGAAGUUAAGAAUCGGAGUACCUGUAAGGGUUGGUUUCUCUGAGUUCAUGCAUAUCACUUGGAACUCCGAUAAUUCUACAAAAGUGGAAGGUUACUGCAAGGAUGUUUUUGAUAUGGUGAUCGAAGCACUACCAUAUGGCGUGCAGUAUGAGUAUUUUCCUUAUGCUACAUCUGACCAUACAAUGGCCGGCAGUUAUGACGAGUUUGUGUAUGCAGUACACCAAGGAGAAUUUGAUGCUGCAGUUGGAGAUGUAACUAUCGUAGCAAAUAGGUCAAAGUAUGUCGAUUUCACCCUGCCUUAUACAGAAUCUGGUGUAAUAAUGGUUGUACCCAUUAAAAACGACCAAAGCAAAAAAGCAUGGGUAUUUCUAAAGCCACUGACAUGGAAACUUUGGUUGACAAGCUUUUGCUCGUUCGUUUUCAUGGGCUUCCUUAUUUGGAUUCUAGAACAUCGGAUCAAUGAAGAUUUCAGGGGCCCUCUUUGGCAUCAAGUAGGCACGAUAUUUUGGUUUGCCUUUUCAACAAUGGUGUUCGCUAACAGGGAGAGAGUGAUAAGCAACUUGUCUAGGUUUCUGCUGAUCAUAUGGUUCUUGGUGGUUCUGAUACUAACGCAGAGCUACACAGCUAGUCUUACUUCCAUGUUGACAGUCCAAGAGCUGAAACCCACUAUCACAGAUGUCAAUGAGCUUAUAAGAAACAAAGAAACUGUGGGCUACCAUAAUGGGUCAUUUGUUUUUGAACUUCUGAAAGGAUUGAACUUUGACAAAUCCAGACUUUUAGCAUAUAACUCCCCCGAGGAUAUGCAUGAACUUUUCAGGAAAGGUAGUGCAAAAGGUGGUAUAUCUGCUGCUUUUGACGAGAUACCAUAUGUCAAGCUUUUCCUCGCCAAAUACUGCUCAAAAUACAUCAUGUUUGGGCCAACGUACAAGACAGAUGGUUUUGGUUUUGCCUUUCCUCUAGGAUCUCCACUAGUGCCUGAUAUUUCAAGAGCUAUAUUAAAUGUUACCGAGGGAAAGAAGAUGAUGGAGAUUGAGAAGAAUUGGUUCGAAAACGAUACCAAAUGUGCAGAUUUUAUUGAGUUUUCCUCAUCAAACAGUCUUGGGAUAGAAAGCUUCUGGGGGCUCUUCAUGAUUGUAGGUAUAGCUGGAGUUUUAGCCUUGAUAAUCUAUGUGACUAGAUUUCUCUACGAGAAUUGGCAUGUUGUGCGUCGAGGUUCUGACGCAGAGACAACGCUAGCUAGCAAAUCACUGGAGUUACUCCAGAGGUUCAACAGCAAAGACCUCACUAGUCGCACUUUCAAGAAAUACGAACGAAGAGUGAAUCACAAUGGUUGCGGAUGUGAUUGUGCGAGAAUAGUGAUGGAACCUUCCAACGAGUAUUUCCAUCCAAACCCAUCAACACUCUCGCAUAACUCACCAGGCAACAACGGCCCACCAAGUCGUAUGUCUUCAAGUCCUGAAGCGCAAGCAGGAUGCUCCACGAUAAGGCACGAAGGAGAAGAGUCUAAUGUUAUAGAACAAGACCAAGACCAAGACCAGCAAUCAGCGUCAACCGUGGCUCAGGAAACUCACUAAGACAGUUGGCUCAUAUAAAUGGGAUUUAUCCUAAGCACCAAGGGCGCGGAUAAAGGCAAUAGAUUUGCAAUUCUGGAAACAAACAUGUCACAUAUGUAUUCACAGAAGCAUAUGCGCUUAGAUGCACCAUUGACAAUGUUGUAGAACAAAACUUACCCGCAUUUCCGUAACCACAGCUUCCACUUUUUAACUACAUAUCUUUCCGCUAUCUUCGGCAACAUCUAUUUUCUUCACGGGGUAGUCCUAGAAAAAAUAAAGUUUGCAAGGAUAAAAGUUUACUUAUAUUAUGCCACACAACACCUCUCUAUGCA